AGGCAUCGUGUAGACGCACCUUAAUAGAGAUACCAAAAUGUUAUCUGUACUGAGAUACAAGUAUAUGUAGUUAGCAUUCUCUUCAUUCUGGGUGAAGUUCCGCCCAUAAAUAGAUGAAAUUAUCAAUAACUGCGACACGAACUGCAAAGUAACAAUUUGUUCGUCGUCGUUGCCAUAGUAACGCGGAACGUCAAUAUAGAUAGAGUGACAUACAGUAUUGGGUGUUUUUAUUAUGUUGUGUGAGAUCGUUGAAUUCUUACGAGAACACCUGUGCGUGAUACUGAUGAAAGUGAUGCGAAUGAAACAUGAAUAUAAUUUGGUAACAUUUUAUCUCAGAUCUAAACCGAAAAUCGUUUUAUAAGGAAAAAACAGGGUGACUUCGAAUUAAUAGGAAAUGGUUAUUCCUAUACACCUACGACCGAAGAUGUUGGUUGUAUACUGAAGCUCAUCUGUAUUCCUGGAAACGGCGAUCUGAAAGGACCAAAGGUGGAAACAGUGUCGAAGAAAUGUGUGAAAGAAGGUCCCAAAAAGUUUCCAUUCGAAGACCGUCAUAUAUUCACACAAACAGGAGCAGCUCCUGGAAGCACCUUCAGAGCUAUGUUUCAUCGGAGCAGCACCAUGAAAAAUCCUGGGACCAAAUUUCUCUGAAGAUGGAAUUCCGUGAUGCAGAGGAAUUUGCGGCACGGCGAUCCACUUAACAUCCAAAGGCACAUGGCUCAUGAUGACACACAUGACGUGGUAACCACCACCAGUGUUACAUCAUCAUGUGUUAACAUGUCUAUAUGGUGCACUGAUAAAGCAUUUCAUCAGUCGGCUGUGCAUUCCGUCACUGUCAAGCAACAAAAAACUUGGCACAGGGGUGCUACAAAAAGGCAGGCACAGUGACCACUGGGCAGUUACAGAUCCAGUGCCAGAGUGUAGCAGAACUGUGUGUCUGAUCAGACAGUCUCCACUAGGCAGCCGUUGGCUAUGCUCCUUGGGUAUCAAGGUUUGACUUCACCAGACUGACCAUGGAAUCCAGUGAACACAGAAAGCAAUUGGCAACUUGCCACAGGCUGUGCUAACCAUUGCACCCCUGCCUCACAGUUGCUACUUACAUGCCAGCUGUUGCCACCACUGCACUUUGUCAGUGCGCUGCCUUAGCGGUAGACUACCUUCAGGUGCAGUCACCUCCACUGCACCAGAUGCAAAGGCACCCUGGAUCAACACCACGCUGCAGCCACCAGAUGAGGACGAACAUCUGUAUAAGCUCUAGCUUGAUGUAACAGUGAAAAAGUUUUCCUGAAAUUCAUGUACCUCACUGUAGCUGCACUUACCUUUGACAGAUUCCUGUCUCCCUUGCCUGCUGAUUGAACCCACAGCACCAUGUGGGAAAGUGGUGAUGCCAUAGUGACAGACCUCUGAAGUAAUGGAUGAUUGUAACCGUUUCAGAAUAAUGACCUAUAACAUACUGGCUGACUUCUGUGCUGGUACACCUAAGCUCCGUAAAGAACGAUUUCCAUAUUGUCCUCCUCAUGCUCUGAACAUAAACUACAGGAAACAGUUAUUACAAAAGGAAAUUAUAGGUUACAAUGUUGACAUCAUGUGUCUGCAGGAAGUUGACAAAAGUGUGUAUCAAGAUCAUUUGCUUCCGCUUCUUUCAACCAGAUACAAUGGAACUUUCAAAGUUAAAGGAACCAAGAUAACAGAAGGCUUGGCAUGUUUUUAUGACAAAUCUAAAUUUCGGUUGAAGGAGCAGCAUGGAAUUACACUUGCUCAUGAAUUACAAAUUAAUCCACGGUUACGUAACUUGUGGACUCUCAUGAAACCAGAAGUUGAAAAAAUACCUCGUUUUUUGAAAGCAGCAACUUCGUUACAGAUAGCUGUGUUGAUAUCUCUUGAAGAGGAGGAUAAUUGUGUGAUAAUCGCUAACACACAUUUACGCUCCUGGCCUGAACCUGAUUAUUUUCGUGCUCUGCAAGCUUCUGUUGCUCUUGCAUAUCUCCAGUCUGUUGUGGGAGAUAUUUCAAAGAAGAUGCCAGAAAAGAAAAUUGCUACAAUUUUGUGUGGUGAUUUCAACAGUACACCUGACAGCUGUGUGUAUGAACUGAUGGUUAACCAGUCUAUAGGGGAAAAUCAUCCUUGCUGGUCAGAAGAAGAAAAUAAAGACUUAAAAGGCAUAAAUUUAUCACACAGUUUCAAUUUUGGAAGUGCUUAUGGGACACCAGACUUCACAAAUUAUACCCAUGACUUCAUUGGUUGUUUAGAUUAUAUAUUUCACCAGAAAGACGCUUUACAGAUUUUGCAGAUUGUGCCUUUACCUCAUGAAGAAGAAGUCAAGGAACAUGAAGCAAUACCAAGUGUAGUUUUUCCAUCUGAUCAUUUAGCAUUAAUAGCUGAUCUCUGCUGGACUUGAAAUGUUCUUUAUCUUGUGUACACUGGUGGUAGUUCCACCUUCAGAAUUUGGAUCCAAAGACCGAUCAACAACAAUAAAGCUCAUUUUUUGUACCUGUAUCAACAAAACCAAAGGAACACUCAGUAUUAAGAUAAUUUUUGCAAUUUAAAUAAUAAUAAUCAUCUGUUGUUCUUACUGUGUAUUUUGGUUGCAAAUGAAAAUUUAUUUUAUUUUAUAUUAUUUUUAAGAUAUUAUGUGUAGUGCUUUCAUUGUACUAGAGAAUCAUAUUAACAGGCAGUUACCAAAUGCCUGGUUGGUAUGGUACUGAGGUAGAUGAAUGUUAGAUUAGAAAGGUUUUUCACAUUGUUUUGAUAAAGAAAAGUAUCUCCCGUAAAUACUAGCAUUCCGUAAAGAUAUGCAACAGACACAAACAUGAACAAAAUGUGAAACAAACAGAAGUUUCAUCUGACAAAGAAUUGGAGAGAACAGUUCUGUUCAAGAGGAUGAAAAAUAACCCAGUAUAAGAGAGAAAUUUAUCCUUAAUUUACUAUUUUGGGUAUUACUAACAUAUUUUGGGUAUUACUAACAUUUAAUAUUUGAUAUUUCUUUUGUCGUGAAAAGGUUCACACUCGCUGUACAGAUAGAGUGAUUUUAUACCAUUGUCUUUCCUGCUGGAUGCAGAAAUAUUUGCGAAAACUAACAAUUUAAUCACAUUUCGGUCAUUUGUGUCUGCUGUACACCAGGUUUUUAAAACCUUCAUUAUCUUGUUCAGAUGGCAUGUAAUUUUUAAACUGAGUAAUAAUCAGAUUGUUUUAGUUCUGUUUACAUUUUUAUUGGCUCCAUUUUUAUCUUAUAACAACUUUAAAAUUGUGUAUUUGUCUAAAUGUUUUUAUGACUGUAUAUUACAUAAAAUACUUUGAAAUUACAUUCAUACAUACAACUGGCACUCUACAAUUCCCAGUGUAAAACCAUGGUGUCUAAAGGUCAGACCAAACAAGCUGUAUUUUAAAUAAAUUUUAUUUCAGUCAGUAGAUAAUUGCCUUUAUUUUAUUAUUUUGUGUUGGAACUACUUAUUUCUGAAA